GUCAAGGCGCACUGCCGGUGUUCAUUCUGGUGGGUCCCUGGUCCGAACUUUUGACCUACUGUAGGUCCCAAAGGUUUUGAUUUCCACCGCCAUCAAAUUUUCGUGAAAGCUUCUCCAGCACAACAUCCCCCAUCACGACUCCAGUGUAGAUACCUCAUUUCCAUCCCACGACGAUUUGAGAAUCUCACAACACCGCCAAAAUGGUCAAGACUUCCGUUCUCCACGAUGCGCUCAACGCCAUCAACAACGCCGAGAAGGCCGGCAAGCGCCAGGUCCUCAUCCGACCUAGCUCCAAGGUCAUCGUCAAGUUCCUCACUGUCAUGCAGCGCCACGGCUACAUCGGCGAGUUCGAGGAGGUCGACGACCACCGCUCCGGCAAGAUCGUCGUUCAGUUGAACGGUCGUCUCAACAAGACUGGUGUCAUCUCUCCCCGCUACAACGUCCAGCUCCGUGACCUCGAGAAGUGGGUUGUCAAGCUGCUGCCCGCUCGUCAGUUCGGUUACGUCAUCUUGACCACCUCCGCCGGAAUCAUGGACCACGAGGAGGCCCGUCGCAAGCACGUUGCUGGCAAGAUCAUCGGUUUCUUCUACUAAGCGAGAUAGACCCGUGAACGAGGAAAAAGAUGAACGGACGGGAAAUGGACGACCAAACAAAAGCAUUUUCGGGCGUUCGGGGUCAUGAAUCGGCCAAGCCAUAAUACGCUUGAUGUUCUGUAGCCAAAUGAAGCAAUUACGAACUGCAAAUGCUCGUUUCAUCACCUUA